UUUCACGUCACAUUGUGGCAUUGUGCCUUGGACCGCGCUUCCCCCGUCCGCUGACGAUCCAUCCAUCUGCUCCAUUCUCCGGGUGCGCGGCUGAGCACUCCAUCGAUGGACUCCUCCCGAGAAGCCCACUUCAAAUGCAAUUAUUGCGGAACGCUCCGAGACAGGGACACGCAAAACAAGCACAUAAAGAAAUGCAUGACAUUUAGGGAACAUAUGCAUGAGGUGAGGAUGGGUUUUGGUCAACUCUCAGUAAAUAUUGGCCCAGCUGGAGCAGAAACAGAGGCUGCCAAGAGCAGAAGGGGUGAAGGGUCGACAGAGAUGGAGAUCGAUGAAGAGGGAGAAGAGAAAGAGCUGACACCUAUGCAGUUGGUGGCUCGCAUGAUCGCGUUAGAAGGGUGCGAUCCCGCGAUCCUGGAUAGUGAGCAUUUCAAGACCUUAAUGCGCAGCAGUUCGUCGGAGGUGCCUUUAUCCCGCGUCAUCAUAGAGCAGAUGUGCGAUGAAAUCUUUGAUGAAGCAAGCACGGCUGUGUAUGAGGGGCUAAGCAACACUCCUGGGCGGGUCAGCGUGGCAGUGGGCAAAGCUAAAACUCUGGACAGGGAUGUCCUAUAUACGGCGUGCAACUUCAUUGACCAGAAAUGGAAGCUUCACAAGGUGAUCCUGGAUGCUAAUGUCCUUGUGCCCAAUCUUCCGCACAAUGAGCCAUUGUCAGAUGUUCCAGAGGUCUACAGUACUGGAAGCGGAACCCACCAUUUGACUGAAGAGGCCCCGUUGAGUACUUCUCUCCCAAGGGUAAAUCUUCGUCACCGCUUGUUCAUGAUGGCAUGGGGAAUAUUACCAGCUUAUGAGUCUGACAUGGAUGUACGAGUGAAUCACUCUGAUGGUCUCAAGGAUCAACUAAGCACGGAAUUUCCUGAUACCUUUCCAGUUCAAAUGGGGCUACUUUCUACGGCAUUUAUAGACCAAGUCCUUGAGCGCAUUGCUCGAUGCCUUCUAUUUGUGGAUUUUGAUUUCAAAAAGAGAAUACGUCAAGAACUUCUGAAAUUAGAUCUGACAAGAGAUAAGCGUCAACAGCUAUAUUCAAAACAUAUUCCCCAGCACCUAUCCACAUAUGACAAGAAUUGGUAUCGGAACUACUGUGCCUUGAGAAUUCUCCGAGGUGAAAAUUCUGCUCUGAUUCAUGAAUUCCCAAAACUGGCAGACCUAUUGAUCAAGGUUUUUGGUGCAAUACAUACUGCUAUUCAAGCAAUCUACAUCCCCAGCUGUCCCACUUCAAAUCUUUGUCUCCUAGAGUUAUUCAAGGUCAGGCAGGUUCUGCAAUCGGAAGUAAAAAGGAGUGAAGCCCACCCAAAUGUCUAUGAAAUUACUACUGAUUUUCCAAAUCCUGAGGACAUUACAAAUUGUCUCAGCCAAGCAAAGAAAAUUUUAGACAAGGCUAUUGAAGACUCAUACCUGCUCUGGUCCGUACCACUUGUAAUGGACCCUCGGUACAAACUCAAACGCAUAGAGUCCCUUUUCAAAAGGGAGGAGUAUUGGCUCAAUAAAGCUGCUGAGAUGUCGUCACCCAAGGACAAGGUAUUAUGCAAGCUGAAAGAGCUGUACUCCAAAUAUACUAGUAAAGAUGGUGGUAACAUUUCCAUGGACAUGGACAGCACAGGCUCAGAAUAUUUGGAUGAUCUUGAUAAAUACCUUGAUGCUCCUCUCAUUACUUUCAAAGGGAAAGAAAAAAUGGAUCCCAAUGUCCCUACAGAAGAAGGUUUUGAUAUUCUAGAUUGGUGGAACAAAAAUCAGGGCUUGUAUCCUGUGGUAGCUGAAAUGGCGCGGGACGCUCUGGCCAUGCCCGCAUCCAGCAGGAUAUCUUCUGAGCAGAUGGCCCAUGUCAGGAGCAUGAUUCGCGGUUACUCCAAAAAACCGCUCAAACGUAUGGACGAAGCAACAGCACAAGACGCAGCAGAAGCAGAAGCAGAUGCAGAGAUGUCAGCAGCAGAUGCAGCGAUGGCUGUAGCAGAUGCAGCGAUGAAAGCAGCAGUUGCAGCGAGGGAUGCAGCACAAGGCGAAGCAGCAGCAAAAGCAGCAGACGCGGCAAAAGCAGCGGAGGACGUUGCCGUGGCAGCGACUAAAGCAGCAUCAGCACUAGAAGAAAUGGAAGAAGAAAUGGAAGAAGAAAUGGAAGAAGAAAUGGAAGAAGAAUAUACUGAGGCAACAAGUCAAGCAGUGGAUGCAGCAGAAAAUGCAGUUACACAAGCAAAAGCAGCAGAAAAGGCCGCAUCACAGGCAGCAACAGCAGAACCCGAAUUAGCAAAGAAGGCAGCUGAGGCAGCGGCACUAGCAACAAAGGAAGCAGCAAACAACUUGAAAGAAAUAUUGAAAAUAUAUAAGAUUAUAGAACAAGCUAAACUAAAUUCCUGGAGGCGAUUCAUGUUUUGUGGUAGUCGCGAUGAUGAAGAGAAGAACAAAAGGCCGAGGAGCCCUGGCAACGAAGGGAAUGAUCCAAAGAGGAUGAGGGUGGACUAAUAGUUUAAUACCUCCUACAAGGCGGGCAUCUAAAGUUUCUGACAGCGUUUACUAGUAUCGCAUGGAUCCAUAUCCACUCCAGGUGUGAGUGAUCUUCUUCGAAAGUGGUUGUAUUUGUUGGUGUCUUCUAUUUUGAGAUGUGGUGUGCAUUUUUUACUUGGAACCUGCGUGUGCUGUUGUGUGUUGAAAAUUGAAAUGUACUGCAUAAACCAUCAUUCUUGUGAUGUGUUUGUUUA